AUGACUGGUUCUAAAAUUGGGAACUAUGAAGAUAUCAACCAGAAACUCUGGUAUCGAAAGUUCAUUCGUGGGGUAAAACCUCGGACAAAAGAGCCGUAUCCCGAUGAGGACACGCCCGCCACGCCUGAACAGCUCGACGACGACUUCGUCGAUUAUUGGGGCAGACGCCUUAAAGCUGAUAAAGCCUUUAGAAAGCACAACACGUACAAUGAGCUGAUGACCCAGUUUUGGGAGGAUCCAAAUAUAAUCCUACAGACGUACGCCGUUGCAGAUGGUCAAACCGUCCCAAGGAACAAACAGAAGCCCUGGUUCAGAUCAGAGCUUCGCUUCAUCUCUGUCAUCUUUCCCACUGAUGCAAACCAUAAGAAAGAUGCCAAGGCACCCAUUGGGUCUGUAUCGUGGGCACCCUGGUUUGUGCUUAUAGCAGCCUCCUCCUCUAUCCACUCCGAAAAGGACAUCCUCCACAUCAUGAGUUGGUCGCGUGAAGACGGCCAGUUCAGGUACUAUGCUCGCGAUCUUAUAAUGAACGAUGAAGCCAGAACCCAGCACGGCUGGGUAUAUCUAUGCUCUUCGAUGGAUGCUUUCGAUGCUCCAGGUAAGGCAUACCUGGGUCCUUUGAACGGCCAUGUCAAUGGAGGAAUCAUCAUGAAGGAGAUUCACAAGCCUUGGAUGCAUUGGCUUGUUGGAGGUCGAGGAGUGAUGGAUCUUCUUGAUGCAGAACUCAUCUCGGAGCUUACGGAGGCUAGAUGGCUCACUUAUCCUGGCUUUCCUCCUCUUUACGGCGCAAGUGUGCAAUCUGGUGAGACGUUCGAGAGAAUAGUGCUGGACUCUCUCAGAAUCUGGUUUACUAGCCGACGAAACAAGGACUUUUUGACCGAGAAAGGGGAGACUAAAAAACGUCCGGACAAUAUUCAGCGUUGGGCAGCACACUUUUUCCUGACAACCAACAUCAACAUUGCUGCUACCUCCAACAAUGCCAACAUUGUACCGUCGGAUCACUUCUUCAAUUAUGAAAUGCUUAGAGGAUAUAGCGACCUUCUGCCCAACCGAAGCCUUAACGACGACCAAUGGCUAGCUGGCCAUAUACUCAAGGAGACUCCAGCUGCGUUAACGGCCUGGAACAAAGAACAGUUCAAAAAUGACGAACAUAAGUACCUCACUCAAGAACAAUGGUUCAGAACCUACUCCAUCUCAUCUUUCAAGUAUGACGGGCUGUCCUACCUCUGGGCUUCACGGGAACUCAAGCUCUGCACCUUGCAGGAGGUAGCCAAUGUGCAAGACGCACAACUUGUUGUUCCAGCGAACAUACUUGCCGGUGGCAUUUUCAUGGGAACUCUCGAGGAUGGCAAGGAGGAUAUACGUGGAGGGGCCCAAGUCAACUUUGCCGUUCAGCAAUGGGGCGAAGGGGAUAAUCCUUGGGUUAUCCUUCAAAGCUCUGUGGAUGACGCGCAUGGCGUAUGGACUGCUCAGAAGAUGUUCUUGGGAGAUGACAAACAGUCAGCCCGAUGUCAACUCUUUUCUGAGAAAACCUUCAACGCCUUGCAGAUGGUUGACUUUUGGAAUCCGAUUUAUUCUUGGAGACGUCUCAAGUUGAUGCAGUACAUCCCCGUCGAGGCUGAACUCUUGGACACGCCAACUACCGACUCAACGACCGGUGACUACGUGUACAGUUACAAUCUUGAGGAAAACUUCAUCGAUGCUGUCAGGAAGAGAAUGGAUGGCAAAGGGGACUUGGAGGAACUCCAAGAUGAAUGGCCAGAGGCUGCGUUCUUGUGCAACUUGGACAAGCCUCUCAUUGAGCAUCAGAUUCGGAUUUCCAACUACACCAACAAAGUGGUAGAGAACUUGAACAACGCGACCUGGAUUCUGGAUUAUUUAAAGCUCGCCGAGUCUCGACGCCGCAUGUUUCGUCCGAUGCCGAUGAACUUUUUCGGUAGCAAUAUUCCAUACUGCCUUGCCAUGCCGACAGACCAUCCCUGGAUAGAGAUGACAGAAAAGGCUUUCGUACGACAGAUUCCCGAGAGUGGUCUUGACGUCUUGAAGGACUGGCUAGGAUCACUGGCUAGUAGCGAUCCAAGCGUUAUCCCUAACCAGAGUCUCGGGGAUCUCAACAAACUUAUUAGGGAGAAUGUUGAACAAGGCACAGUUGGUUUGCCGGUUUGUUUUCUGCCCAGGCCAUCGACGAUGCGAAUGGCUUGUCAACGUUUCAUUGCGGUAACGAAUCCAGAGACAUCAGAAAGGCCUCACAGUUGCCCUUUCAUGGUGUAA